AUGCCACAACACCUCUCAGCAACCGCGGCCGCGGCCGCCCGCGCCGCCAUAGACCAAAGAACAAGCGGUGCGUCUCCAAGAAUCCCCGGCCUCGUCUACUGCGCCGUGAACAAGAAGGGAGAAGCCAUAUUCAGCCACGCCUCGGGCAGAACAGCCCUGGGCGGGACGGCGCCAAUGACCCUAGACACGGUGUUCUGGAUGGCCUCGUGCACGAAGCUCAUCACAAGCAUCGCGUGCAUGCAGCUCGUGGAAAGCGGGACGCUGGCCCUGGACGACAGCGAGCAGCUCGAGGCCUUUGCGCCGGAGCUUCGAGACGUCCAGGUCCUUGAGCGCACUGAGGGCCCGGGGGCAGGCGGGUUCCGCCUGGUGCCGAAAGAGCGAAGCAUCACGCUGCGGAUGCUCUUGACACAUACAGCCGGGUUCGGGUACGCAUUCGAAGACUUCAAGCUGCGCGACUGGUCGCUCCCCGUCGGGCUGGACGACUUCUCGGGCCAUGCGAGCGACGUGCUGCAUCGGCCGCUGGUGAACCAGCCCGGCACCAGAUUCCAGUACGGGGUUGGCAUGGACUGGGUGGGUGUGGUUGUUGAGCGGGCCACGGGGAUGUCGCUCGAGGCGUACUUCCAGUCGUUUAUCCUUGGACCACUGGGUAUCAAGAACAUGCGGUUCUUCCCUACGGCUGAAAUGAAGGCGUCUCUGGCUACGAUGCAUUAG